GUUCGAGUUUCAUCGACUUUUUCGUUGUUGUUGUUGUUGUUGCUGUCGUCGACGUCGUCGUCGUCGUAGAUUUUUGUUGAGUCGGUGUUCUCUUUCAACUGUGCUCCUUCAAUCGCGAGAUGCCGAGGCCGCCGAGAUUCAUCGUGCCGCACGAGUACGACGCCUCGUUGCUGCCGUUCCUGGACGAGAACGUCGUCGUGGUGUCGAUCUUCGGCAAGAGCACCUACAAAGCCAAGUCGGACAAGUCCAAGAUGGUGAACUCCAUCCUGGUGCCGGCCAUUAACGAGCAUCCCACCAUUGACAACGAGGCAAUGUUUGAAAUCGAAGGUUACUUCGACCAAAGAGUCAAUGCGGUAUUCUUACACUUGAAAGGAUGCUUCGACGCUUAUACUUUAUCAAAACAGUACAAUCAGUUUGUUGAGAACAUGGAGAAGAAGGAUUUCCUCCACGCUUGGGCCAACAUGAAGGAUAAAUAUUCCGGAGCACUUCUGACACUGUUUCAUACAUCGCACAUUUUCAUACUCAUGCAUCCUACUCUUACGUUUGACUACAGUUACAUUCCCUUGUUCAAGGCAUUGGAAAUAGUUAGUUAUUUCUCAAAGAUGAAUUUUGUCUUUUUCCUCUGCAGUGGAAUUCAUCGAUGAAAUCCCUGCAUUGUCCAAGUAUACUCAGCCACAGCCACCUUCUCCGC